GACUAGUCUUACAUUAUAAUUGAUGAAUUAUAUCCUACAAGCACUUGUCAAUUUAUUUAGUUGGAACUAAUUUAAUCUAGUAUGGACCAUGGGUUGUGAAAUCCUACCGGAAUUCAUACUGGACUCGUUGUUGGUAAGAUAUUUUGAGGUAGAACUGUGGUUCAACCGUUUUGUAUGGUAAAAUACCAUUUUUGAAAUAAUAAAAUAUUGUUUUAUUAAAAAACCAUACCGAUAAAAUUAGUUUACUGUUUCGAAGUAAUACCAGAAUAAACCGAGAUAUACCGGUCUCUAAAAUUUUAUUCUAAAAUUAUUAAUUAAAAUUCCGUUCAAUUUAAGGUCUCUCCACCUUAAGUGGUUUUAACCGGAAAAUUUAAAAUAAAAAUAAAAAUUAUUAAUUAGAAAAAAGUAGAAUCAAGUGAGCUAUACAAACAUUUCUUUAUCUACAAAUUACUCCGCAAGAUUCUCUUGAAAAUACUAAUGCAAUCUAAACCAACCAAAUUGUAUUAGUUCUACAUUUCUUUAGCUACAAAUUAUUCCGCAAGAUUCUCUUGAAAAUACUAAUGCAAUCUAAACCAACCAAAUUGUAUUAGUUCCAGAUAGAGUGAAUAACCCUUUUACUUAACUAAAUUUGGACAUUUGGAUUUGAGUGGGUUUAGAAAAUUUAGAUAUUAGGAGUGCGAUUCAAUUUAUUCAUCCUUCCUUAUCUAAAUUUAGACUUUUGGAUUUGAGUGGGUCCAAAAAAUUCAAAUAUAAGGAGUUAGAUUCAAUGACUUUUUAUUUUCUCUAGUUUUCUUAAUCGACUCUUAUCUUUUUUGUUCUAACUUUGAUUUAAAAAAAUUGCACAGAUGGAACGAGUUUGUUGUGGUCUAUAAAAUGAGAUUCAUUUUCAAUGUAUUUCGACAAAAAAUUUCUUACCACUCGUUACCACAUUUGUACCAGCCAGUACCACCUUCGUUUUUAACUCGAAUUCUGAAUUUUUUUGCACAGAUGUAACGAUCUAUUGGAUCAACAAAUUUCAGGGAAAAAAAAUACAGGACUAUAACGUACGACUCAGUACCACCCUGGUAUAGGAGUUGUAAAUAGUGGUACACAAUGAUGAAUAUGGUAAAUGACAUAUCGUAUAUUCCUGCAAUCAUGUAUUUCAACAAUCCUACAAUAUGUUAUGUUCAUACCACCAUGGUACACUUUCGUACCAAGUGAUAUGAUCUCAUGUAGAGCCAAGCAGUACCACCAUGGUAUAUACUGGUACUAAAUGUCUCAAUUUUUUUUGUUCCAGAAAUAUAUAAAAAUGAAUAUCAUUUUGAAGAGCACAAUUUAUCUUAUUUAUCUGUGUAAAAAAAUUUAAAUUGCGACCUAAAACGAAAGAGAUCUAGCAUGUUAAAUUUAUAGGUAAAAUGGUUAUGGGAGAGCAUCUCCAUCCCAUUGCUAAACCAACCUUUAGCAAUUGUCAAAGUCUUUACUUUCAAAAAAAAAAAAAAAAUUGUCAAAGUCUUGGUGGCAAUUCAAUUUGCAAUUGCAAUGGAUGGAGAGGCAAUUGCUUAUUUAGAAAGAUUGUCAAAUUAGCAAGUCCUUUAGCAAUGCCACAUGUGUAUAUGUUUUUCUUUUUCCUUAGUAGUAACUUUUCAAUGAAAAAAAUAUUUUGGUAUUUAAAAUAGUAGUUGGGCCUACAAUAGCAAUUGCAAACAAAAUUUAGGGAUGUAGGUGGUUUGCAAUUCCUUUAAGAGAAAUUGCUAAAUUUGAUGAGGUGGUUGUAGGGACCACGUUUGGCAAUUGCUAGGGAUGGAGAUGGUCUUACAUAUAUAUUGAUGUGGCGCUGAUGUGGGAGGUAAUAGAAGGUUAUUGACCAUAAGGUUAAACAGCUGAUCCGCUUGUAUUAUCUUACAAUAAAAAACUAAUUUGGAGUAAUACAUAUAGUUUAUGUGAAAUUGAUUUUAUUAGAAAAGGGGAAAUAAAUUGAGUUCCACUUUUUGUUCCAAAGAUUUGAGUUCCGCGGGAUCAUGCCGGUUUUAUCGCAUGAGAGGCGAACAAUUAGGUUUAUAUUCUAUUCUUUUUUAUGUUUUUCAAUUUCUUUAUUAGGAUGCCCAAUUGAACCAAAACAGGCCGGUUAUUUCCAAGUUCGACCCAAAAUAUCGGCCGACAUGGGAAUUUGAAGAUUCAGUACAUAUCGUUCCGGGCCGCCUCUGGUUCAACGGUUGACAGUUCGGUAUCACGAACCAUGGUAUGGACUAUGUAUUGACAACCUUAUAUGAAGAAUUCAGAGAUGUUUAAAAAUGUGCUCGUAAUAAAUGUUAAGACAAGGAAUGCAAUCAACUUUGAUAGAUUCAAAAGAAGAGGUAACAAUUUAAGAACACAAUUUAAAAUGGCUACAAUUUUUUCUUACAUAUUGGCUAUAUAAAUUAAAUUGAGAUAAAUCAUCUAUCAUUCCUCAAAUUGAAAAUGCGUUGUCGACAAACAUGACACGUAAUUUUCACGUUAAGCCAAUUGUCAAUACAAGCUACAUGAAACAUGUGCUUGCACACGGGCAUUAUUCUGCAUGGCUCUCCCCCAUUGUAAUCCUCCAAGCAAAUCGCACAUUCUGUAGAUGUGGUCUCUAACCCAAAGCUUCCAUACUCAACGCAGGGCAAUUCCAUCAUCACCCUCCUAUGACGACGUCUUCUUCUUCUCUCGACUCCUUCCUCGAGAUCAGACUCAAUUUCUAGGCCACGACCGUUUUCUACCACCCGCCAAUAAAUGAAGUCGUAAAGGAUGUAAACUAUUACCACAAUUAAUGAAGCCGCCACAACACAAAUGAUCGUCAUGCAAACUAACAAAAGGAUUGCAAAGACCAUGAUAGCCACAAAAUGAGGAUGGAGAUAGUUCCCCGAGGCAAUACUAGUGAUAUUCUGCGACGUCAUUCUGAUUGUUCUCACCAUUUCUGGUUCUUUGUGUUGUUGUAUUAUUAUUAGUAUUGGCUAAUGAUGAUGAUUUCACAAGGUGAGAGCUAUGAAUAAUCAAAUGCAGUAGACAUUGUCUUUAUAUAUUUAAGAAAAAAGUAGUUCUUCCUAUUCAAUAUGUGUAUUGAUAUGCGCUAUGAAUUUCACCAAUUGGUUAAUCAUACGAUGAAACAAAUAUUAGUUUGAUUGCAGAUUAGCUAAUAUGUUUCAUUGGCACAGGUUACAAAAUAUAUAGAGCCAUGCACAUAAUUUACAGCUUAAAUUCCAUCCAUGUUCUUCCUUGGUUGCCAUUAUGAUUUAAUUACUAUUGGUUUUUGAACAAAAAUUUUGUUGACCAGCCAUUUCGUUUGAGAUGAAUUUUUUGUUGUAGAACAAAGUUCAUUCUCGGUGUUUUCCCCGACUAGAUUUCCUUAUCAAUUCAUUUGUUAAAACUCGUAAACAUAGGUUAGUUUAGUAGGCUAAUGCUUAUUUGUUUAGAAAAACUUCUCAUGCUAAGUAAGAAAUAUUUGUAAGUAUCAAAUUCUUAUCUCAAAAUUUUAAAUUACGUAUUGAAUUUAGGAAUUAUGCGCAAAAUAGAACACUUACUAGCAAAAUUCCAUAAAUACCCAACCCUUAACGUGUUUUCCAAUCUACUAUACUUUUACCCAAAUCUAUGACAUCUUCAACUAUUUUGUAAGCAGAUCGCUGAAGACUAGAGCUAUUUAGCAAAAAACCAAUCAUAUGUCGCAAUCAAUUAAUAAAAAUUUAAAAUUCUAUGAGUUGUAAUAUUCUAGUAAAAUGCGAAGGUUGGAUCGAUUUAAAAGUAAAUCGCUAUCGUGGAGUGCGACAAACCAUUAUCUCACUGGAGGCUAGCGAUUCCUCCACUUGAGAAUGCAUAUAUCGCGUCCUUUGCCGCACCAUUUAAGAUGCAUGAUAUCUUAUCGCACGACUAAAAGUAUACACAUAUCGUUGGACAUGAUAGCAAUCUCGCUGUGAUUGGUCCAUUUAGGUUGACGCAAAUUGUUGGCUAGCCACAUGAUUUGUGCCAUGGGCCCUUCAUCACGUGUCUCUAACACACUUACACACGUUGAUGCUGCCUUCAGCUAAAAUUACAUGCCCACUCUUUCGUCUGCAAGCCAAGGAUUUAUUUUAGCAAGCUUUGUGGUUGCAGUUAAUUAUGAUCUUCCACACUAUAAUUUUUCUUUUCUUUUACUUGUGAUAAUGACCUCCACGUAAAAACAAAAAAAAAUCUCGGCAAACAUUAAUUCGCGUAAGGCCAACAAGUUAUCAUGAAAUUUCCCCCUUGCAAAUGGUUUUUGGUCAGGAACCUAAUAUUUCCCAUCUAGAAAUAUUUGGGUGUGCCGUCUACAUCCCUAUUGCUCCACCACAGCGUGUUAAGAUGUGUCCUCAAAGGAGGUUGGGAAUUUAUGUUGGAUAUGAGUCCCCGUCAAUCAUAAAAUACUUAGAACCCUUGACGGAAGAUUUAUUCACUGCUCGUUUUGCUGAUUGUCAUUUUGACAAAUCAGUUUUUCCAACAUUAGAGGGUGAGAACAAACCGCCGGGAAAAAAUAUUUGUUGGAAUGAAUUAUCAUUAUCUCACCUUGAUCCUCGUACUAGACAAUGUGAACUUGAAGUUCAAAAGAUAAUUCAUUUACAAGGUUUAGCAAACCAACUGCCGGAUUCUUUUACUGACCAGAAGAGAGUGACAAAGUCACACAUACCAGCUGUAAAUGCUCCAGUGAAAGUUGAUAUCCCUGUUGGACAAUCUGAAAUUGCAAAUGAAUCUAACCACGAAUGAAGCGUGGUAGACCAGUAGGUUCCAAGGAUAAAAAUCCACGAAAAAGAAAAGGAGCUAUGAAUCAAGAUGAUCACAUCGAGGAUAUGAAAGCUCAAGAAGAGACCCCAAGCAUAACUAAGAUAGUAGUUCCCGAAGAACAUCAGGUACCUGAAGUUUUUGAUAAUGAAGAGAUCUCAAACAAUUAUGUCUUGGAUGAAAAAUGUUGGAACCGAAGUGAAAUAAUCGUCGACGAUGUUUUUGCUUACACUGCAGCGUUGAGUGUGAUGAAUGAAAAUGAGGAUCAUGAACCAAGAUCUAUUGAUGAAUGCAAGACAAGAGAUGAUUGGCCAAAGUGGAAAGAGGCCAUUAAGGCGGAAUUAAAAUCGCUUUCAAAGCGAAAGGUUUUUGGACCGAUAGUCCUUACACCAGAAAACGUAAAGCCAGUGGGAUACAACUUGGUUUUUGUGCGGAAAAGAAAUAAAAAGGGUGAAGUUGUGAGAUAUAAGGAACGUCUUGUCGCACAAGUAUUCUCACAUAGAUCUGACAUUGAUUAUGAGGAGACAUACUCCCCUGUGGUGGAUGCAACUACGUUUCGAUACUUGAUUAGUCUGGCAGUUCGAGAAGGACUAGAUCUGCGUCUAAUGGAUGUUGUGACAACCUAUUUGUAUGGAUCACUUGAGAAUUAUAUAUAUAUAUAUGAAACUUCCUGAAGGAUUCAGUUUGCCAGAAGCAAACAAAACACGUUAUUGAGAAAAAAUUUCCAUCAAAUUGAACAAAUCCUGGUAUGGAUUGAAACAAUUUGGACGAAUGUGGUACAAUCGUCUCAUUGAAUAUUUGAUAAAAGAAGGAUACAAGAAUGGCCCUAUUUGUCCAUGUGUUUUUCUAAAGAGAUCGUGUAGUGAGUUUGUUAUAAUAUCAGUAUAUGUUGAUGACAUAAACAUCAUUGGAACUCCCGAAGAGUUUCCAAAAGCAGUUGAUUGCUUGAACAUAGAGUUUGAAAUGAAAGAUUUAGGAAGAACAAAGUUUUGUCUUGGAUUACAGAUUGAACAUUUGAAGGAUGGUAUUUUUGUGCAUCAAGAAGGAUAUGUUGAAAAGGUGCUUAAGCGAUUUUAUAUGGACAAUUCACACCUGUUGAGUAAUCCAAUGGUUGUAAGAUCAUUUGAUGUGAAAAGAGAUCCAUUUAGACCUCGAGAAAGUGAUGAAGAUCUGCUUGGCCCUGAAAUGCCAUAUCUUAGUGCGAUAGGAACAUUAAUGUAUCUAACCAGUCACACACAACCCGAUAUAUUGUUUGUUGUGAAUAUAUUGGCAAGAUAUAACUCUUCUCCCACUAAAAGUCAUUGGAAUGGAGUUAAACAUUUACUUCGUUACCUUCGAGGAACGACGGAUAUGGGCUUGUUCUAUUCGAGUGCAUCGGAGUUGGAUUUAGUGGGAUAUGCAGAUGCAUGAUAUCUCUCAGAUCCCCACAAUGGUAGAUCUCGGACAGGAUAUUUGUUCACUUGUGGUGGUACAACCAUUUCGUGGCAAUCCACAAAACAAACUAUAACAGCCACAUCAUCCAAUCAUGCGGAAAUCUUAGCAAUUCACGAGGCAAGUCGUGAAUGUGUUUGGUUAAGAUCUAUAAUUCGACACAUCAAAGAAUCGUGUGGACUAUCUCUAGGAAAAAUGAUCAUGACGAUCAUGUAUGAAGAUAAUGCAGCAUGCAUUGCUCAAUUAAAGGAAUGAUACAUUAAAGGAGAUAGAACAAAACAUAUUCCACCCAAGUUCUUUUUCACUCAUGAUCUUCAAAAGAGUGGUGAAAUAAUUGUUCAAAAAGUUCGUUCAAGUGAGAAUCUAGCAGAUUUAUUCACCAAGUCACUCCAUGCUGCCUCUGGUUCAACGGUUCAACCGGACAGUCCGGUAUCACAAACCAUGGUAUGGACUAUGUAGUAUGUACCAUUGACGAAAUUAUAUGAAGAAUUCAGAGAUGUUUAAAAAUGUGCUCGUAAUAAAUGUUAAGACAAAGA